UAUGAUACACACACUGACAUACCUGAAACCUGCGAACGAUGCCUUCCACGCAGUUCCUCGGCGCCUCGACGCUGCUUCUAUUUGGAUUGCGCGCCGUCAUGUCUUCCGAUGACUAUAUCAAGCGUGGGGACCUGCCAACCAGCAAAUGGAGCGGGCGGGUGACGUUGCGGGUGGAUUCUGCGAUGGCGGUUCCGUUGGACGUCGUUAUUACGUAUCCCAGCAGCGGCGCAGCGGCCUACCCUGUUCUUGUAAUGUAUAAUGGCUUCCAGGCCAAGGCCCCCUGGUACCGUGGCAUCGUGGACCACGUGUCCUCCUGGGGCUACACGGUGGUGCAGUACACCAAUGGGGGGCUCUUCCCCAUCGUGGUGGACCGUGUCGAGCUCACAUACCUGGAGCCUCUGCUGACGUGGCUCGAGACCCAGUCCGCGGACGCCAAGAGCCCCCUCUACGGCCGCGCUGACGUGUCGCGUCUGGGCACCAUGGGCCACAGCCGCGGAGGCAAGCUGGCAGCACUGCAGUUCGCGGGCCGUACGGACGUGUCUGGCUGCGUCCUGUUUGACCCCGUGGACGGCUCCCCGAUGACUCCCGAGUCCGCCGACUACCCCUCCGCCACCAAGGCACUGGCGGCGGCGGGCCGCAGUGCGGGUCUGGUGGGCGCCGCCAUCACCGGCAGCUGCAAUCCCGUGGGACAGAAUUACCCCAAGUUCUGGGGCGCUCUGGCGCCCGGCUCCUGGCAGAUGGUGUUAAGCCAGGCGGGCCACAUGCAGUUCGCGCGCACUGGCAACCCCUUUUUGGACUGGAGCCUGGACCGCCUGUGCGGGCGUGGCACUAUGAUGAGCUCGGACGUGAUCACGUACUCGGCUGCAUUCACGGUUGCUUGGUUCGAGGGCAUCUUCCGCCCAGCCCAGUCGCAAAUGGGAAUCUCCAACUUCAAGACAUGGGCCAACACCCAGGUUGCGGCAAGGAGCAUCACGUUCGACAUCAAGCCAAUGCAGUCGCCGCAAUAAGAUUUGCAUCUUGGCACAAUGGACCCAGCCAGCCUGGCCGCCUGCGCCUGGGAGUGUAUCUGUUCGGACGGGGUUGUUGCGCGUUGCGAGAGAGCUUAAGAGUGGUAGUCAAUGCAGGAUGUGGAUGUAUGUGUUUGUGGAUGUGCUCAUGUGCGCUGAAUGCACGGAUGCAUGCUUGUGCACACAUGGGAAAUGGUUACAGUAUGGCGUGUUCUUUGUACGACAGGGAAGCCGCCAUUCCUGCUACCCGCCCUGCAAUUGGGCAUCCAAUGCAACGCUGCCACGCGUUGGCGACUAGGCCCUGUUCCACCGUUGCAUAAGGGCGGGCGCGCACGCGCUUGGAGCACCGGUAUGGCGGUACCCGACAUGCCUCAUCUCGCCCGGCCAGACGGUUCGGAUUGACGGUUGUUUUUUGUCUUAUAUGGCGCGCUCGAGCCGGCGGCGCGCUCGAGCAGAUUACGGCGCGCUCGAGCAGAUUACGGCGCGCUCGGGCACAUUACGGCGCGCUCGGGACUUCACCAACCUGCCUUGACACUGUCCC